AUGCAGCGCGGUCUUUACGCGUCAUACAGGUUGUAUUCAAGUGUUCCAGCUACCGCAUUCCACCCCACCAUAUAUGCCCUCUCAACUUCACCGGGUCAAAGAUCAGCCAUCGCUGUAGUGAGAGUCACCGGCUCCCAUUGCAAGCACAUAUACUACCAACUAACUGGGGCACAGUCCCCGCCAGUUCCAAGAAGGUGCUCUUUGCGUAACCUCUACCAUGCUGCGGGAGCCAAAAAGAACCUCCUUGACUCUUCGCUUGUUUUGUUCUUUGAGAACCCCAAGUCAUUUACAGGCGAAGACAUGCUAGAGCUGCACUUGCACGGAGGAAGAGCAGUCAUCAAAAGUGUGCUUGGUGCGAUCCAAAGCCUCGGUGAUCAGAAAAAGGGAUUGGAUAUCAGGUAUGCUCAGCCAGGUGAGUUUUCGCAACGAGCUUUUCAGAAUGGGCGGAUGGACCUGACUCAAGCCGAGGGUGUAGCGGACCUUAUCGACGCGGAGACAGAAACGCAGCGCCGCAGUGCGCUGCAAAGCUUCCGGGGACAGAAUAAAGCGCUUUUUGACGGAUGGAGGUCUCAAAUAGUGUCAGGUAUUGCGCAACUAACCGCCAUCAUAGAUUUCGGAGAGGAUGCAGAAAUUGAAGACACGCAAGCCAUACUUGACAGCGUCCGUAGGAACAUGAUGAACCUUGACAAGGAAAUUAAGCUAUUCGUGCUCAAAAUUAGGCGAUCAAGCAUUCUCCAGAAUGGUGUCAAAGUUGCCCUUUUGGGUUCUCCGAAUGCAGGAAAGUCUUCUCUGCUAAACUGUAUAACGAAUGAUGAUACAUCCAUCGUGAGCGAUACGCCGGGUACAACAAGAGAUGCUAUCGACGUUCCAAUCGAUGUAGAUGGCUAUAAAGUGGUGUUAUGCGAUACCGCUGGAAUCCGGUCCGAAAGCGAAGACCAAAUUGAAAUUCAAGGCAUUAAAAGGGCCAAAGCAAAAGGCUCAGAAAGCGACUUGGUUAUACUUGUGAUUGAUCCGACCAAGACGCCGCUCGUAACUGAAGACCUGCAGCGUUUCGUCAAGGAGCAAAUCCCUCACAAUCAGGUAAUAAUCGCCGUAAACAAAACAGAUUUGGUAGAUACAAAAGGACUUAAAAACGUCCGCCAAGAAGUAUACCAGAUCUUCAAUGGUGACUUCCCCAUCAAGUCAGUUUCAUGCACAAACUUUGAAGGUAUUGAAAAUCUCGUAAAAGAGCUAUCGCACGUCUUCCAAGGCCUCUCAGGUACGAGUCAUGAUUCAGAUCCCCUUAUAGUGUCCAACAGGACAGAAGAGAUUCUAACCAAGGAUGUCAUGUUUGGGCUGCAAGAGUUUUUGAGCUUUCCUGGUACUGAAGACGUUGUAAUGGCUUGCGAAAACUUAGCCUAUGCUGCCGAGGGCAUUGGCAAAAUCACGGGAGCCUCAGUAGGCGUUGAAGAAGUCCUUGGAGUGGUAUUUUCGCGGUUUUGCGUGGGAAAGUGA